GUUAAUCAGAUUACCGCGUAUGGAGGCCAUCCUCUGUAUAAAGGAUCUACUUUCUCGCUCUACUUUCUCUCUCUCACCUUCGAUUUUUUCCCUUCUUCGCACACUGACAAGAUCGGAUUACAUUCUACUCUGAUUCUUCGCAGAAACCCUCGUGAAAAGCGAAAAUGGCGCAGAUCUUGCUCCAUGGAACACUCCAUGCCACGAUCUACGAAGUGGAUACGCUCCACGCCGGAAAGGGUGGGAAUUUCUUCGGCAAGCUGAUGGAGAACAUUGAAGAAACAGUUGGUUUCGGCAAAGGCACCGCCAAGAUCUACGCAAGCAUCGACCUGGAAAAGGCAAGAGUCGGGCGAACAAGAAUAAUCGAAAAGGAACCAAAUAACCCGAGAUGGUAUGAGUCUUUCCACAUCUACUGCGCCCACAUGGCGUCCAACGUGAUAUUCACCGUCAAAGACGACAACCCUAUCGGAGCAACCCUAAUCGGCCGGGCGUAUGUACCGGUGGAGGAGCUUCUAGAAGGCGAAGAAGUCGACAAGUGGGUCGAAAUACUCGACACGGACAUGAAUCCCGUUAGUGAAGGAUCCAAAAUCCACGUGAAAUUGCAGUUUUUCGAUGUCACAAGAGAUAGAAACUGGGCCCGCGGUAUCAAAUCUGCAAAGUAUCCCGGCGUACCGUACACCUUCUUCUCUCAAAGAACGGGGUGCCGCGUCUCUCUAUACCAAGACGCGCACGUGCCCGACAAUUUCAUUCCGAAAAUACCCCUUUCAGGCGGGAAGUAUUACGAGCCGCACAGAUGCUGGGAGGAUAUCUUCGACGCGAUAACCAACGCGAAGCAUUUCAUCUACAUCACGGGGUGGUCGGUUUACACCGAGGUGACGUUGAUACGUGACUCAAGGAGAGAGAAGCCAGGUGGCGACAUCACAUUGGGCGAGCUUUUGAAGAAGAAAGCGAGCGAGGGCGUUCGAGUGCUCAUGCUCGUUUGGGAUGACCGGACCUCGGUUGACUUGCUGAAAAAAGACGGUUUGAUGGCCACGCACGACGAGGAGACUGAAAACUACUUCAACGGCACGGAUGUGAAUUGCAUUUUGUGCCCUAGAAACCCGGACGAUGGUGGGAGUUUCGUUCAGGACUUGCAAAUCUCCACCAUGUUCACCCACCACCAAAAGAUCGUGGUUGUGGAUUCCGAUUUGCCGGUCGAAGGUGGACCCGAGAAGCGGAGGAUUGUGAGCUUCGUCGGCGGCCUUGACCUCUGCGAUGGGCGGUACGAUUCCCCGUUCCACUCUCUCUUCCGAACCCUAGACACCGCCCACCACGACGAUUUCCACCAGGCCAACUACGCUGGGGCCGCAAUAACGAAAGGCGGGCCUCGCGAGCCAUGGCAUGAUAUCCACUCUCGUCUGGAGGGUCAAAUAGCGUGGGAUGUUUUAUUCAACUUCGAGCAGAGGUGGAGGAAGCAAGGCGGCAAGGAUUUGCUGAUUAGCCUACGCGAGCUCGAUGACGUCAUUAUUCCUCCCUCCCCUGUCACGUACCCCGACGAUCAAGAAACUUGGAAUGUGCAGUUAUUCCGGUCGAUUGAUGGUGGUGCUGCCUUCGGAUUCCCGGAGUCCCCCGAGGAGGCCACUAAGGCGGGCCUCGUCAGCGGCAAGGACAACAUAAUCGACCGGAGCAUACAAGACGCGUACAUACACGCGAUCCGACGCGCGAAAAACUUCAUUUAUAUCGAGAAUCAAUACUUCUUGGGAAGUAGCUUUGGGUGGGACCCAACCGAUAUCAAGGUGGAGGAUAUCGGAGCGCUGCACCUAAUUCCAAAGGAGCUCUCGUUGAAAAUCGUGAGCAAGAUCGAGGCGGGGGAGAGGUUUACCGUAUAUAUAGUGGUCCCUAUGUGGCCGGAGGGUUUUCCGGAGAGUGCGUCGGUGCAGGCGAUAUUGGAUUGGCAGAGGAGGACUAUGGAGAUGAUGUAUAAGGAUAUUAUCGAGGCGCUUAAUGCAAAGGGGAUCGAAGAGGAUCCAAGAAACUACUUGACGUUUUUUUGCCUAGGGAAUAGGGAGGUGAAGAAGAGUGGGGAGUACGAGCCCUCAGAAACGCCCGAUCCCGAUACGGAUUAUCAGAUGGCUCAAGCAGCUCGGAGGUUUAUGAUCUACGUUCAUGCCAAGAUGAUGAUAGUUGAUGACGAAUACAUAAUAGUCGGAUCGGCGAAUAUAAACCAAAGAUCGCUGGACGGUGCUAGAGAUUCGGAGAUAGCGAUGGGGGCUUAUCAGCCGCACCACUUAGCCACACACGAGCCCGCCAUGGGCCAGGUCCACGGUUUCAGAAUGGCCUUAUGGUACGAACACCUCGGUAUGCUCGAUGACACUUUCCUACACCCUGAGAGUGAGGAGUGCGUGAGCAAGGUGAACGGUAUUGCCGACAAGUACUGGGACCUCUAUGCAAGCGACGAACUGGAACGGGACCUGCCAGGUCACCUUCUCCGUUACCCCGUCGCCCUUUCGAGCGAGGGUGUAAUUACUGAAUUGCCCGGUAUGGAGUUUUUCCCUGACACUAAGGCGCGUGUUCUUGGUGCCAAGUCGGAUUAUCUCCCACCUAUUUUGACCACUUGAAAGUUGAAAUCAAGAAGCUCGUUUUUUUUUAUUUGCAUCGCAUCGAAUAAGAACUUCGUUAUUUUUUGUAACUGACUUUAAUUGUGCCUGUUUGGCUUUGUAUUUGUUCUUACAUGACUAUGUUUGCUUAUUGAAAUGUACUUUAAUUUUUAUUUUGUAAAUUGUUCUUAUUGAUAAGAUUUUAUUUCAUUGACU